AUCACGGAUAAGUGCUGAGUCAGCCCAUAGCUCGGUCACUGAGUGCUUGCUGAAUCAUCAACACGGUACGCGAGCGCGCCAAACACUGGCAUAGGUUCAUCUAGUGAACUACGUAAUUUCACAGUUAUCGUAAACCAAGGAACCAGAGACUUCUUCAUUGUUUCUACAGGGGAAUUGUACCAUUUUCUGCCGAGAGAGAGAGCAAAGGAACAGGUUUUGACUCCUAUUGUGGACGGAAUAUGAGCAAAAAGAUAUUUUUAUCCCAGAUAAAAUCCGAAGAGCAGGCCUCUGCUGCAGCCAACCGCUUGAGUGACGAUGAGCUUGUUGGACUGUCUGUGAAGGAGCUGAAUCGGUUGCUGAAGGGGCUCAGCAGGGAUGAUGUGGUGAAGCUGAAGCAGCGUCGUCGCACGCUCAAGAAUCGGGGGUAUGCCGCCAACUGCCGCGUGAAACGCAUCUCCCAGAAGGAGGAGCUGGAAACAGAGAAGGAGGGCCUGAAAGCUGAGGUCGAUCGGCUGCAGCGGGAGAAUGACGUUGUCAAAAUGGAACUGACUGCUCUCCGGUCGAAAUACGAUGCUCUGUCAAACUUUGCGGACCACCAUCGCAUCAAGGUUCUGCCCCAUCCAAUCGUUGUGACCACUUCUUCCAACGAGACAAUCAUGGUGAAGGCGGAACCGAUCCAAGGGCUACGGCCCUGUUCAGCAUCAUAGCAGGCGUCUGGUAGAUUCUAUGGCUUCCCACUGCAGCGAGAGCCACCUAGCUGAUGAGACUCGUAACACUGCAUAGUAUGAACACUUGCAUCUCUAUGUUCAGGAUGCCACUGUCGUCAGAGAUGGUCGUCUAUGCUGCUUGCCAUCUAGUAAUGAGGAUGUAAUCCUUUUGCAGAGCGAAAGAAAUUCCCGAUUGCCUUAAAGAGACUUGUUGACAGAUUGUCAAACGAAUAUUGUAAAUACGCUAUGAUAAGAUAUUUUGUCAGUGUAUAUGCAUUCAUAUCUUCAUUCAAAGUUGAUUGGGACUUUGAAAUCUGUUUUGUUCAAGCAUAGUACUUUUACAUUGGUUGUCAUUCCAUAUCUUUACAGAUCAUUUCAUUCAGAUGCGAUUUUUUUGAGUUGCAUAGCUCUGCACACUGACUAUAUUUGCAGAUUUUAGAAGUAUCAUUUUGAUUUAUCAUAUUUUCAUCGUAUAAAGGUCCCAAUAGUGUUAUCCAUUCUUCAACCAAGUCUGAAGCCUUGCGAUGCAACUUUAGUAUUCAUAAGUUCUCAUCGAAACAUCACAUUCUCAAGCAAUUUUAUCAAAAUUGGCCAAGUAUUACUAGACUUACUCAUUCCCAUCGAAGUUCAUAAUUAGACUUAAUUUAUUGCAACAUGAUUCAAAAACGUUCCUACAUUGGAAGAACCAAUGCAUUUUGUUGAUGUUGGUUUAAUAUUAUGUGUGGAAUUAGUAUGUGAUCAAUACCACAUAUCUUUUCUACAUGAUGACUGAAAAGUGCUACACAGAACCUGGUAAAAAUAUGCAUAAUCAAAUUUAUUUAUGAUGGAUCAUGCAGAACCAAGAGAUACCCCUUUGAAAGUUCUUUCAGAUUUGUAUGUUUUUGUUUAGAAGAUAAAUUAGAAGGGUAUAAACAUCAACAUCUUCAUCUUCAUCAUCAAGAAUGAAACGUUUCCCAUUUUGUGUAGCCAAUAAUUCAAUGAAUUGAAAAGCAAUCAUUUUGAUAUUAAUUUUUGUGACACUUUUCAUUGUAUAUUGCUCAUUAUUGCUUCAAUCAAAAGGUCGAAGUACGACGGAAGCCCAUGUAAAAUGGACCGAAAAAUAAUAUGUACAGGAGUAGUUUGAGGAGGGAUGAACUAUUGAGUGAACAAGACACUCUGUGUUGUUGAGAAAUGUUGUGGUUUUUUAGACCAUGUAUGACACGCUCACUGUAAUAUGUGCCCCUUGAGUUUCAUUGUGUUAAGUCAUCUCGAUCCCCUAGGGAUUCCAAAGUUCAUUAGGAACACAAGAUGAAGCUGCUUCUCUUGAAGCAGUGUAUUCUGACAUGUAUCAUGACUUCAUAUAAGUCAGUCUGAUAUUCACUUUCCUUGAUGUGUAAUUUUCUUAUUUUGCAAAUUGAUACCCUUUCAAGAAAGAAAUGUUUCACUGAGAAAGUAAACAAGUGCUUGUUGUCAAAAUGCUGUGUACAGACUCAGCUGCUUCUGUGGGUUGGUUACAGCAUGGCCUUCAAUAACAAAGGCCAUGUCUACUCAAUGCAUGGACAGCAGAAAUGGUUAAGUACACGCAACCUUCACCUAGGAAACUGAAUUUUGCGAACUUGAAUGCCAGUCUCUGGCUCCCCCCUAAGACAUGCCCACUCCUUCAGUUGUGACUUACAUUUAUAGACCACCACCCCUGUAAGGCUUUGUUACACCCUAUGUUUGCUACACACACAGUUAACAGUCAUGGUAUGUCUCCAGAAAGAAAUAAGAAACGUUUUAGAAGCCGAUUUUGUUCAUUAGGCAAAAUGAUGUUUGGAAUAUGUUAGCUUUGCAUGGCCUUGAAAGUGCCUUGUCCUCUCCAUCCAGACUGUAACAGUCUGUAACGGUCGUGGGGCACCUAUUGCAUGAGUGUGGAGGAUUGUUGUACUAACUUACAGUUGUGAAACAAAGAAUAUAUUACUUAACUCAAUCACACACAGAUACUUAAGCCAGAAACUCAAACAUGUUGGUCCACCACCUUGUUCCAAAGAGAUUCAGGACUACUUUUGAAGUUGAAUGAGUUGAUCACUUUCAGCACUGAGCUGAUGUGCUGGUGGUGAUGUAAGCGUGUAACAAUUGGAGUGAUUAGACCAGCGUGUUUCAUCAUGCAGUAACCCACCAGAUGUAUCGGUGUCCUCGUUAGCACCUUCUUACUAAAACAUCAGUUCAACCAUCGUUGUGAUGACAGACACAACAGAUCACUAGACACGGAAUCUCUUGCUCAGUAUGCUUGGAUGCUGUGAAGUUGGAUGCCAAAAUGAUAUAACUCCAUCCGAUUCCUGUUUAUGUAUCAGACAAUUUUUGUAAAAACAGUUUGAUAUUUACACUGAAAAUGUUUGGUUUUGAAGAUUGAAUUGUUUUACAACCAAGAACGAAAUGUUAUGUUCUAAGCAAAUAUGGCUGAUAUUAUUUUUCUGUCAAUGAUUGUUUGAAGAAUACCCAGCAUGAUUUGAAUCAGUUCAGCAAUAGGACUGCUGUGUGAAAGGGAGCAACCAUUUGAUCUUCUGGGGAGGAAGUACAGAUUUUGUAAAUUGGUGCCAUAUUCUAUUCUGUAUUUUGUAAAAUCAAUUGAGAAUUCAUUUUUGUGGGAUUAUAUUGUUUGAUCUGUCUAAAUUUCAUGUACUUUAUUUUAUUCCUUCGAGCUUAACUUAAUAAUUGAAUAUAUUCUGAGAAAUUUCAACCUCACCCCCCACUCAAAGAGAUUAAAUGGUAGGUCCCUAGUAUGUGAAGUAAUAUGAUUGGUUGACAGUGUCAACCUUUUUUAAUUCACAUGGGCACUUCUUGUAAUAAUGUAAUAUGUAUAAACCUUGAAAUGGGCACAGUGUAUAUUUUCAUUUUGUUUCUGUUGAGGAAUGGCUUUGUGUUUUGGAAGAGUGGUUUGUCAAUGAGUCUUGAGACAUCCCUUUCUGUAUUUUCAUGCAAAUCCCGAUUCAGACAUACAUACUUAUGUCGUUCUGACUUGUGUAUUUUAAACUAAUGUAUUUUGAACCUAUCUUAGGUUGAUAUUUUUUUAAUCAUUUUUAGAGGGCAUAGUGUGCAGUUUAUGUUUCAGAAUAAGAGCAUUCCAGUUUGUCUACUUGUUUUACUGAUGUUUAAAUCUCCAAUCGGAACAUGUUGUGUUGCCAACAGUGAAUUUUGUCAGCUGUGUGAUCAAUGGCUGCCGUACCUUUAAUGUAAUGUUUCCACCUUCUUUAGCUUCAAGAAUAAAAUGGAUUUACAGAAUAAGAAAACAAAAUUGGCCAGUGAUGGUGGUAUGGUUGGAAAAACAUCUCACCUGUCAACAACAGGGAAGCAAACAAGUAAAAGUUAAUUAGUUUAAGUUUUGGUUUUCCCCCCAGGUUAUCUUUGAUUGAGUGUGUCGGAGAAAAAUGUCAAAACAUUAUUGUAGUAUUAUGAAUUUAAUAUUAACUGGCAAUUUUAUUACAGUUUGUUAAAAUAGUGAAAGGGGACAUGCUGAUUUGUAAAACAAGGACUUAUACUGGUCUGCUCUUGUGACGUAAUAAAAAACAUUGACACAUGUUCUCAAAGUGUGCCGAUGGUUAAUGAAUUAUAGAUAGGUAAUGUAUGUUAAGUGUAUAUGAUAUCAGGUUUAGAUACUUAAGGAUUGUUCACCGUGUUAUCAGGUAGGUUGACAAAGUGUUACACGUGCCAGUAGCAGGGUGUUUGGGGUUCAAUAAGCUAGGCUAACAUUGUGGGAUGUUCACAAGUGAUAAACUCAUUAAGCCUAGGACAACCUGCUACUGACACAUGUAACAAAUGUAUAAUUAUGAUUUCACAAUUUACAAAUAGUUAUUUAGAAUUAAAUAUUUGGGAGCCUGCCAUUGGGCUCCCUAUGUGGUAAGUUGAAGUGCGAACAGUUGCAGGUUGGAUGUAACCAGCAGGUUACUUACGUGAAUCAUUAACACAUCAUAGUAUUCACACAGACCGGCCAGCUGACUUGUGUACAUUUUCAUGAGAUAUCAACGGUCUUGUGAGAUUGAUACAUUCUUUAGGAAAUACGAUAUUUCAUAUUUUGAGAACAUUUUGUUCCAAGCAAGUACUAUGUGCCUUGUAUAUGCUGGUUUAGUGAAAAUAAGGAAAAGACUGUUUCCAAGGUUAAGUUGACAGACUUUAUGCAUGUGUGUUAGCCAUGUUAUUUGUUCUGGGACUGCAGUGCUAUAGGGGUAGGGUUAUCAAUGGAUUAAGCAGAGUCAGCACAGUGUGUGAUGUUGGUCUUACCUUGGGGUAGGGGUCACAUGCACAGGGCGUGAUGUUGGUCUUACCAGUAUGGGGUAGGGGUGAGAUGCACAGAGGGUGUUUUGGGGGGGGCGGUAGGUGCACAUUCAGCACAGAGUGUGUGUGAUGUGUGUUUUACCUAGGGUAGGGCUGAGGCAAGAAUGAGGUACUUAGAGAGCAUACCAGGGUCUGUUUGGUGUGUGACCCUAUAUUGGGCAGGUGCUUGACUAGCUGAUUCACAGUGUGGUUUAGAGAAGCUUGUGUUAGAUGAGACCUGGGUGCACAUGCCUUCUCUAUAGGGGUGGGGCAGGAAUGUGUGUGAUCUAUUAGGGAGGGGGUACCAGUUAUUAUCCUGCACCAUGUAGGAUUCAUUCAGGGUAAUGCUGAAGAGAUUCAACACUGAAUGUAUCCUGUGUGAAAGAAUUGACACCUUUGGGAAACCAGUUUCUAUUGGGAAAUGCUAAAGCUUAAUUUGCCAAAAUGUUAAAUCUUGAGAUAAGUUUUUGUGAUGAAAGUUGUAGUCACUGUCAUGUGUAUAGUGUUCAAGGCUAGGGUUGAGAGGCUUGGUGGAGGUGAGGAAUGAGCUCCGAGUAUGACGUAUCGCUUCUACCCAGGGAAAAUGAGGCAGGGAGUGGACUUUCAUUUCAAUGGAUCAAGAUUACACUGGCUUUCAACAAAAUUGUAACUAGUGACAAUCUUUGUCAGAUAUGAUCGUGUAUAAAUACCAGUUAUCAAAACCAGGCGGGAAUAUUCUGUCAUGGUUUCUAGACUGUUGGAGGUCAUUAAAAAGUGAAGAAAUAUAUGAAUAUUCAAAUCAAAAAGGUAAUGUUUUGGCUGUCUAUUUGAGUCAUAUUGUAGGUUUGAAGUGAAUUGUCAAUUGCCAGUUUUCUUGUUCAGCAGUAUGUAGCUAUUCCUAGGGUGCAGCCUGUAUGCUUUGUUGGUUGUAUAGAAAGUAUUCUGAUUUAUUUAUUUGUGUGCAUUGCGGGUAAAGCUUGAGACGUUCUCAGUCUGCAUAAAGUCAAAACGUUCAAUAAAAUAUCAUGUUUACCCAAAGGCAGCUCAGUGUAUGUGGAAUGAUUGCAAAGGGUGAGCUAUGAUUGUUGCCAUUGUUCGUCUUUCUUGUGUGUAUUUUUUUUUUUUUUAAAUUUGUGAAUUUAUUGCCGUGGAUUAGUGUCAAAAUUAUUUAUUGGUCAUUUCAAGAUUUGGAACAUUUUGCAUCAUUUUCAGUAUAUCACCCCAUCCACCUUCCAUCGAAAUCAUAUUCCAUUGUGAGUGAGUAACCCUCAAAGAAGGUUCUCGGUUGAUCACCAGACCAGACAAAUGUAAAUAUCGUAGAGGAAUAUUUAUGAUAUCUCGCAAGAGAGUUUGAAUGUUUAUGUUUGAAGCAUUCCACAGAAGGCUACCUGAGAGGUGGACACACUAUUUUUCAUCAUGUUUUCAUAUAUAUUUUUAUUGUGUACCUGUACAAGUACAUGCAUGAUUGAGACACGUGGGAGUCCGGCAGUGUUGUGUGGGCAAUGGCAGGUUUUCUACUAAGUAUAAUGAGCUGCUGGCUGUGUUGACUCGAAGCAUUUCUGGGUUGGCACUGCAGUUUGGUUGUAUAUAUCAAAUGAUUACAUGCUAUCUUAGUACCAGACACAGGACAACGGGCUCGGCACAUAGCAACUCUGGGAGGCUUCACAGGGAAAUAGGAGCAUCGCUUAUGACUUUUCACAGUAUAUGAUUUGAUCUUCAAGUUUUGAAUAUCUUACCAAACAAAUAGCGUAUUCAAUGCUUAUAUAUUGAUUUUCUGGACCUAAAUUUCAUUUAAAGGUUAAUAUUUGAUAUAUUUUGUAACAUGCAUUGAGAAUUUAAAAAAUUGAGAAAUGUUUUGUUUUUCCAAAUUUAUAACCUCUGAGUAAUUUGUGAAGUCUCUCAUUGGAUUAGUUAAAUGUAGUUUAGAUCCAUUUGUCACAAGAACAUACCCACCAACUAACCAACCAUUGUAUCAUGUAGACACCGGGCUAUUGCAUCAUGUUGGGGGAGUGUUUCAGUAUGGCUGGUUCCACGAUGACAUUCAUGUCUCCCACUUCAUCGGGUAGCAGAGCUUCGUUAGGUCAGUCUGGUACUAAAGUGGCAACAGUGUUUUAUGGCCCUUGGAAAUCAGCAUAUAUUUGACUUCUUUUGUUUGACAUUACCAGGGCUUACUUGGUUUGAUGUCAUCUCAUCAAUGUAUUUGCCAAAACUGGGUGACACUAACUGUCACAUCUUAAACAUUUUAUGUUGUUUGACAAAUCCAGGCUGCUCAAAGAGGCAUUAUAUUUUGGGAUGAAUUGUCAAUUAGGAAAAUGGGAAAAAGCUGUGUUAUAAGUUAAGUGUUAAUAACUAUAUGUUAAGAUGAUAAAAAAGUAUCGACUGUACUUGAUAUGCUCACAAGCAGUCUGGAUUUCUAGGCUUCAAUUUCAACCUGCAUAAAAGAACACUUUGGUUUCAUGUGGAAGACUCAACAAAUCACGGUUUAUAUGUUUCUUAAGCUGAUGCUCUGAGUACAAAAAAUAUUUGUAUGACUAGUUACUAAGUCUCCCAGAACUCUUUCACUAAAACCAGGGUGUUCAUACAUUAGCACCCGAAGUCAACUUCCUAUAUUAACUGUAGGCCUAAAGAUGCACCAACAUUUUGCCAUAUGGUUCUUGAAAAUUUAGGGUUGACAUGUUUCAAACUAAUAAAGUUAAACUAUUUCUUCAAAUUUAAUUUAAAAUUAAAACUGAAUGGUGAAACCAUUUUUAGUGUAGAGGUAUUUGAUGCUGGUGAGUCUGUGAACCCUGUCAUCUUUAUCUGUUCCAAUACACCUGACACCCCAUUGAAUGGGUCAGAAGGAUGAAAGGCCAGUUAACACCACGAAAAAUUAUUCAAGAAUGGAUUACGUCUUUCUUCACAAAUAAAAAAUAGUUCAGUUUUUACAUGGGAAAUGUUGGCAUCUCUAGGCCUGGUCUGUUCGCUUUAGCCAGUGUCUGUAUAACCAAGUACUUCCAAUACGGAGGUUGCUAUCAAAUGUAAUCAGACCAUAUUUAACGUGUGUCUUUUUUGUAAAAUUGUGUUUGUACUUCAUCAUAUGGGUUUGUCUUUUCUACGGAGCAACUGAUAGUUGUCACAGUGCUAUUUAUUGUCGGAUGGGCAGCAUUAUUUGGUUGAGAUGAAGCCAUGUUUAUCCUGAUGAAAUGAUCGAAGGGAUCUUUUCGUCAAUCUUUGUUCAGUAAUAGAGAUGCGGUCCGAGUUCUUUGACCUUGAAAAUUUUAUAAUACUGACACUUUAUUUACAUUAUUUGCAUAUACUCUGCAAUGAUUUUUUAAAGUAAAUAAUGUAUUUAUAUAUUUUAUUCAUGUUAUCAUUUUGGGAGAAAAACUGAAAUGGCGUAAUAAGAGAACAUUCUUUUCCAAUUGAAUGGACGUGCAUCGAAUGUUUAUAAAUAUAUUUAUGUAUUUAUCUUUUUGUUAAUGUGUGGAUAAACAUGGUUUCAAUACAUCAGUGGUUAUUGAUGUGCAUGUUUGAAAUGGAUCUUUGUGUACAGAGGACAACUCUGACUGGUUUAAACCCAAUUACUGGAAAGUUUCAAAUGAAAAUAUUCAGCAUUUACCUCAUAUUUUUAUUAAGUGAAGGUACAGAUUUGAAAAACAUAAUAAUUUCUGUAUUAAAUUACGGCUUGUUGUAUUAUUGAAAUAUUCUUCAGAUCAGGUAGUUCCAAAAUGGAACUGUUAAUUUCAAAACUGAAAAUGUUCCGUUUAGAAGUAAAUGUUUAGUAAUUGGGAAUAUCAGUUGCUUUAAAGACAACUUGUCAUUGUUGAUAUCAUCUGAGUUUGUAUUUAUUUUACACCUAUUCCUUUAAAACAUUAUUUAAAUUUUAAUACCAUGAAAACAAAACAUUUGACAUCUGUUUUGGUUAUGUGAACCAUUGUUACCAAUUUUAUUAAAUUUCAAAAAUUUGAUAUUAGGGUUAAAUGAAUUGUGAGAGGUCUCUAUUUGCUAUUUGAAGUUCACAUUUUAGGCAUGUUAAUAGGUCUAAAGUAAAUAUUUGUAAAUGUUUCAUUGGUGUUCUCAGAAUAAAAGAAAUAAAAUUAAAACUUGC